AUGAAUUUAGUUUCUUACAACAUUCGGGGGAGUGGAAGUAGAGCGAAGCGGAGGGAGAUUUGCAAACUUUUAAAUUCUGAGAAGGUUGAUUUAUGUAUGAUCCAGGAAACAAAACAGGUGGAGAUCUCUGGAAAAUUCGUUCACUCCAUCUGGGGAAACAGAGAAGUAAAUUGGUCUUUUAAAAGUGCUAUUGGAUCUGCUGGGGAAAUGUUACUUUGUUGGAACUCUCAAAGUCUUGAAGUUAUUAGCAGUUUCAGGGAGAAGGUUUUGUUGGAAUCCAAGUAA